UAAUAGGAUGAAUAGAUAUUGUGGUGAGCAGCAUCUGAUUACGGACACGCCAGCAGGCGUCUGAGGUUGAAAACGCUCAUCAGCAGCGGGAGAAACAAUAUUUAAUGCCCCUGUAAAGAGAAUAAACUUGUUUUACUCUUGUAUUUCUGCUUCUCGCACAUGAAAUACAAAUUGGACUUUUUAAAAACCGGAGCAAGAAGGACAACUCCACAGUUUUGUCGCUGGAUUAGGAGGUUUGAAGUCGUUAUAAAUGGCUGAAGGGGCCCGACUGUCGACGGAAUGAAACCUGCAGGAUGUCGCAGUUUGUGGAGGUGUGAAUAGAGAAACCCACCGCUGUGCUUUAAGGCGAAUAUUGGUGUUUUACGGUCAGACAGGAGGAUCUUAAGGCUGCGGGAGGAUUCAGUCUGGUUUGUCACGCCAGCGGAGAGUUAAACAGGACCCUUUCUCCCUCUGUGCGGACCGUUUUGCCCCUCAGGCCGCUGAAGCAACGGGCCGUCUUCUGUUUGGACAUCCGUCCAUCUGUGUUUUUGUCUCUGAUAAGUCUUGUGUGCAGCUGCCAUCAUUCCGUGCUGUGGGGCCGACCCCAACAUGUCUUCCAAUGGAGACGUCAGCGACCUCAGCAGCUCUGACAGCUUCUGGGAGCCAGGUAACUAUAAAAGGACGGUGAAGCGGAUUGACGACGGCCACCGGCUGUGCAACGAGCUCGUCAGCUGCUUCCAGGAGAGGGCCAAGAUCGAGAAGAGCUAUGCUCUUCAGCUGAGCGACUGGGCCAAGAGGUGGAGAGGCAUCGUUGAGAAAGGUCCUCAGUAUGGGACCCUGGAGAAGGCGUGGCACGCGUUCAUGCAGGCGGCCGACCGCCUCAGCGAGCUGCACCUGGAGCUGCGGGAGCGGCUGGCGGGCGAGGACAGCGAGAAGGUCCGCGACUGGCAGAAGGACGCCUUCCACAAGCAGAUGAUGGGAGGCUUCAGGGAGACAAAGGACGCAGACGAUGGAUUCAGGAAAGCUCAGAAACCCUGGGUCCGCAAGCUGAAAGAGGUUGAGUCCAGUAAGAAAAGCUACCGUCAGGCCAGAAAGGAGGAGUGGACGGCCAUUACCAGGGAAACGCAUGCUAAAGCCGAUCCGUCCAAAUCACAGGAGGAAGUCCGCAAAUACACGGUCCGGGUGGAGCGCUGCAACCAGGAGGCUGAGAAGGAGAAGGAGCGCUACACAAAGGCUCUGGAGGAGCUGAACCGCUGCAACCCUCGCUACAUGGAGGACAUGGAGCAGGUGUUCGACCUCACGCAGGAGGCAGAGCGGAAGAGGCUGCGCUUCUUCAAAGACGUCCUGCUGGACAUCCACACGCACCUCGACCUGUCCGCCAAAGAGAGCUUUAAGAACCUGUACCGGGAUCUGGGUCAGACCAUCCGAGCAGCCAGCGAUACCGAAGACUUACGUUGGUGGAGGAACACCCACGGACCGGGCAUGAGCAUGAACUGGCCCCAGUUUGAGGAGUGGUCUCCAGAAGCAAGCCGCUCCAUCAGCAGGAAGGAGCGAGGAGGAAUCUCCGAGGAGAAUGUGGUCACCCUCACCAACAUCGUCUCAUCGGGUGGAGGAGACGCUCCGCCCAGUCCCAUCACCGUGGAUACGGGCAGGAUGAAGGACUAUACAUCGGACUGGUCGGACGAGGAGAGUCCCAAGAAGGUGCUGGCGGUGAACGGCAUGGGGGAGGCGGACGAUAAGGAGGAGGAGGAGCAGGUGGAGGGGUUGCCGGUGAGGGCGCUGUAUGAUUACACGGGCCAGGAGUCGGACGAACUCAGCUUUAAAGCAGGCGACGAGCUGCUGAAGCUCGGAGAGGAGGACGAGCAGGGCUGGUGUAAAGGACGGAUGAGGAGCGGCCAGGUUGGCCUUUAUCCUGCCAACUACGUCCAGGUCAUCACUUCCUGAUGGCUCCACCCUCUCAGGUCAACACAUCCAAUUACAAAGCUGCACACAGGCUGCCGGAAACAAGUGAAAGAUUUCCUUCCUGACCUGAUGAUAUCUGUCAGGACACUGGCUGUGAAACUUCCUUUAUCAUCAUUUCAGCCACACUUCAGUUGGAAAAAUAAUUCCUGUUGUUGAGAAAGUCUGUUUUACUCAUCUGACAGAGGAGAGGAAAACAGAACUACACUAUCUGCCAGUAGCCAUUCAACAGUGGGAGGAAAAGCACGGAUGCUUAUUUAACCCCCUACAAGGAGACAAAGAAUCAAUUAGCAGCAAGUAAUGCAUCAAAAGCUGGAAUUUUCUUUUAAAUUUUGUCUUCUGAAGAUUUUAGAUAAUGUCUACCAAGUUGGGGAAACGAACAGUCCAGGUCACAUAAGGCUAGGGCUUGUAACUGCUUGGCAUAGCUUAGCAUGAACCCAGUGUAACUAUGCUCAAUUUCUCUGCUUAUUGCAAUAUGACAUUGGAGGUAUUUUGAGACACUUUAAUUAGCAAAUGUUUCUAUUUCCACACCUGCUAAACAUGCCUGUGUGAAAGACCCCUGACCCCAAUCAGCCAUUAUGAGUUUCCCUGCAUCUAGUACUUAGUGGUCAUCAGUGUAACUGUAUGUUCAAGAUCUUCCUCUCUUGGCUUUAGUUGCUGAAGAAUUAACUUUAAAGGGAUAAUCUGCUGCUGUUGUUUUUUUUUAAAUAGGGCUCUUUCAGUCUGUAUUCUGCCUUGAAUAAGUUGGUUUCAGUUUAGAGAAUUGAGAGAAAACCUUAUUUAAAUAAAGUAAAACAGACCAUGUUGAUUGGACUCCUACAGACUAACUGAAAUCUGCUGAGGAACAGGCCCUGAUCUGACUAGCUGUUAGCUUCACUCUUUCUUUAGAUUUACUAAAGUCUACUGAAGGUAAGAUAUUAAUUAUUGAUGACCAGUUUACAGAACCCCAUUGUAAAAAAAGAAUUGAUAUUCCUUCAAAAUGAAAUGCCAAAUUACAGACUGUCGGUGCCUUGGAUAAAUAGGCCAGAAAUGUGCAUCGCCGUCCUCCUUUUUGACUUGGUAAUCACAUCCUUUAAAUUCACAGCGUCGCUCUUUUGAUUAAAAAAGAAUAUCAUGCAGCAAAUGAACAGCAUCGCCCUGUUGUUUUGCUGAUCUACAAAAUGUUUUGAAUGUGCAGCGCAAUCCUUCUGUUUGACUGUGGAACUGCAUCCAAUAAAAUAAACAGCGCCGCCCUUUAGUUUGACUGUGGAACUACAUCCUAGGAAAUGUGCAGCGCCACCUUUCUGUUUGACUGUGGAACUGCAUCCAUUAAAAUAAACAGCGCCGCCCUUUAGUUUGACUGUGGAACUACAUUCUAGGAAAUGUGCAGCGCCACCUUUCUGUUUGACUGUGGAACUACAUCCAAUGGAUGAACAGCGCCGCCUUAGGGCGUCAGUUUGCCCUAAAGAAUUGCAUUCUAUAAAUGUGCAGCACAAUGAUUUGGCUGAAGAAUUACAUUCUUUGAAUGAACAGCGCCGCUAUACUGUUGGGCCGAAUAAUUGCAUCCUCCAAAUGAAGAUCUUCACUUCUUUAAAUUGACAGAGUAAUUCCACUGGUCUGCUGUUGAACUGAGAGAAGAAACAUUUCCAGUAAGCAGCUGGGAAAGCAUUCGAUAUUUGGAUGCCUGAACAUUAACUGGAUGUUGCAGGCAGCACCUAUCUGGAUUCUGUUGUUCUUGUUUUUGGUUAGUUUUUCUAGUUAUUCUGGAUGCAACGCUUUCUUUGUUUUUUAAAAGUAAAACAUUAGCCGUUUGUUUUAAUUAACUUCUGAAUAUGGACAGUUUAAAUCGUUAUUUCUUAUAAUUUUUUUUAAACAUUCGAGUUUUUACAGCGUCAGUCUUUUUCCUUUUGAUUCUUCCUCCUGGGGUAAUUGUGACCGGUGAGAGACGUUUCUUUUUAAAGUCUGUUAGGCUGUGAACACAACAAUUUGACCUCAGUCACAUUAAAGAAGCAUAGAUUUUUUUUUUUUUUUUUGCAAAAUUUUGUUGCUAUAAUUUUCUCUGUAUUUGGUUUGCUUCAUGUUUAAGUUGUGGUUUGUUUUUGAGGGAAGCGUCCUCUGUCCUGCUGAUACAAGCAUGUCUACGGCUAAUCUGCAUACAUGUUUAAAUACUAAUAAGAGAUUUAAAACCUUAAGGCUACUGCACGCUCCUGAAGCAUUUCCUUAAGUGUAGCAUGUACAGUAGGGUAAUUGGGAGAAAUAAACAGCUUGCUGCAGUUGAACACC